AUGCUGGGCUCAAGUUGGUGGGCGCCCUACACAGGUGGAUGGAGCGGCACGGAGCAGAGAUACAACGACUUGUGCUUCUUUGACGCUGAAAGCGAGGAGUGGACCGUCGUGCCGGCGUCUGGCGACAUCCCCUGCGCUCGUUCUACACACUCGAUCACCCUGAUCAACGGCGGCAAGCAGCUCCUUAUGUUCGCUGGCUACAAGGGUGACGAGCAGCGAUUCAACGACGUUCACGUCCUCGAUUUGGGCACGCUGACGUGGACGAAGGUGGAGCUGCCUCAACCGACGCCGGCGCCACGAAACACGCAUACGGCCAUUCUACUCGGCGAUGGCCAACGCCUGGUGGUGUUUGGCGGCAGAGACGAACACAAAUUCUUCAACGAUUGCUGGAUCCUCGAUGUCGUGAGAAUGCAAUGGCGAGAGGUGGAGACGACUGGCCCACUACCUUCCCCACGCUCCGGACACUCGGCGGUCCUGGUGCGGCACCACAACAUGCUCAUCUUUGGCGGCUGGAGUGGUGGCUACCCGCGGUUCAGCGACGUCUUCGAACUCAAUCUGGAUACCGGGGAGUGGAGGGAGCACUCACCCACGGGCGAUCUACCAAAGGGGAGAUCCGGCCACGCAGCGUGCCUGCUCAACCCCUCGCUCAUGAUGAUCUUCGGUGGUUGGGGCCACGGCAGGUACCGUAACGACGUGCGUCUCCUGGAUCUGAACACUCUGGCCUGGCGCAAAACCCGCCCCUUGGGCGAGCAGCCCGACAAGCGACGAUUCCACGCCCUCGCACUCUUGGACGACAGAGUGUACUUGUACGGCGGAAGGAAUGAGGAAAAGCACUGCAAGGACCUGUACGCGCUCAUCCUGGGUCCUCGCCAGCUGCGCGCGCUCUGCGUGGCCCACCUGGUGGCCAACUACGAGCAGUACGACCCGCAGCACUUGGCCCUGCUGCCCGAGGACGUCCAGCAGCAGGUGCGCACGGCCCGCGAGCGCGAGGAAAAGCGUCGGAGAAAGCUCGUGGCCUGUGAGUCCUACGAUGUGAUGCUCGAAGAUGAGGAUGAUAGCGAGGAAGAGGAAGAUGAUGAAGACGAGGAGGCCGUUUCGUUGCCCUAG